AUGUACAGCAGCCCGAACCACAGAACGCAAUGUUUCAGAAGACUGUUGAAGAAGGCCAGGGACAAAGCCGGGGACAACCCACUGAUUAUUGCCGGAGAUUUCAACGCCCCAAACGUAGAAUGGGGCUACGGCGUCACCAGCGCCAAAGGCAGAAAUCUUGCCACCGAUGCGGAAGAGAUGGGCCUCAACCUUAUCACGUCCGCGCUCUACCCUACCAGGAUGGGCAACUCCGUCUCGAGGGACACCACCCCAGACCUCACAUUCGUUCUCAACACCGAGGGGGCCACCUGGCAUAGUACCGGCGACGACCUCGGCAGCGACCAUUACAUUGUGGAAACGUCAAUAGCAAUCGCCUUGAAACCACUACGAAAGUGGAGAUACACGGAUUGGGAUGCGUUUAGACAGAUAAGAAAGGAACGUACCGACAAGCCCGCUACACUAGAACAGUGGACGCAAGAACUAAAGGAGGACGCCCGCAAUGCGACCAAGGAAAUAGAAACCGAUGUCCAGACAAUCGGGAUGGACGCUAAGCUCGCUCACAUGCUGGAAGCGAAAAGAUCCAUACUGCAGAGAUGGCGUACCCAGAGACUCAAAAGAAGACUUAGGAAAAAGAUUGCAUUACUGAACAAGGACAUUGAGCACCACUGUGUAGUACUCUCUAACCAACAAUGGGACGAAGUAUGUGCAAGGGCCGAUGGCAGCGUGACAUAUGGAAAAACUUGGAACCUACUCAAACACCUUCUUAACAAAGGUCAAACCAGGAGCUCCCAGACCAAGGCGGCUGACAAGAUAGCGAAACGUGAACUCAAAAACUGCAACGUGCAGGAAUUUAUGGCAAGACUUGCCGAAAGAUACAUGCCACUCUCGAGCAGCCAUGAAAACGAGGCCGAGGCAUCCGGUUCCCCGUACACGGGAGCUGACAACCCCGACCUCGAUGAACCCUUCACCCUGGAAGAAAUCAGGACCGUCCUUCAAAACUUGAAUGGCACAUCGGCCCCAGGUCCGGACGGUGUUAGUCCCGAACGCUAA